CUAGAAAAAGGCUUAAAUCAGCUGAGUCUAACUUAUCAAGGACGGUCUGCCUAAAUAUGGUCAACAUCAGUUUGCAGAGCAGCGAAGAAUAUCAGCCCAACUGGAAUUAAAUUUGUCAAAACUGACAACUGGAGGAGCAAAAGACACUUGCAACUGCACCUAUCUCCAUUCCUUUUCCACAACUGCCGGCAUUUCGCUCCAGAAACCUCUGCACCCCUCCAUGCUAACGGAGAGAGUCCCUGUCGGCCUGAUGUCCUCAGUUGUAGCCCCAGAAAAACCCACCUCCAACACCAUGGGUCCCAAGGAGGUGGAGCUGAUCCUGGUGAAGGAGCAGAAUGGUGUUCAGUUCACCUCAACCACCUUAGUGGCUCCAGCUCCUACUGAGACCAAUGUCAGUGGAGAGGAGGAGAGAGAGACCUGGGGGAAGAAAAUUGACUUCCUCCUGUCUGUGAUUGGAUUCGCCGUGGACCUCGCCAAUGUUUGGAGAUUCCCCUACCUCUGCUAUAAGAAUGGAGGAGGUGCGUUCCUGGUGCCAUACCUGUUCUUCAUGGUGAUAGCAGGUAUGCCUCUGUUCUACAUGGAGCUGGCUUUAGGACAGUAUAAUAGAGAAGGCGCAGCCGGGGUCUGGAAGAUCUGUCCCAUAUUUAAAGGUGUAGGCUUCACAGUGAUCCUCAUUUCCCUCUAUGUUGGUUUCUACUAUAAUGUCAUCAUCUCCUGGGCGCUGUUCUACCUCUUCUCCUCGUUCACUGGUCAGCUACCUUGGGUCUACUGCAACAACACUUGGAACAGUCCUAACUGCUCUGACUGGGCUGACAACAGCUCAGUCAGUGACAUUUACAAGGCCACACCUGCUCAGGAGUACUUUGAACGAGGGGUGCUCCACAUCCAGGACAGUAAUGGUAUCGAUGAUCUGGGCCGCCCACGCUGGCAGUUGACUUCUUGUCUUGCUGUAGUGAUUGUUCUGCUCUACUUCAGUCUGUGGAAGGGAGUCAAGACCUCUGGCAAGGUUGUGUGGAUCACAGCCACAAUGCCCUAUGUGGUCUUGACUGUGCUGCUGCUCCGUGGAGUCACUCUGCCUGGAGCCAUUGAUGGUAUUAAGGCCUACCUCUCUGUGGACUUCUUGAGACUCUGUGAUGCCAAGGUCUGGAUUGAGGCAGCGACACAGAUCUGUUUUUCUCUGGGAGUGGGGUUUGGUGUGCUAAUUGCCUUUUCCAGCUACAACAAAUUCAGCAACAACUGUUACAGAGAUGCCAUCAUCACCAGCUCCAUCAACUCUUUGACCAGUUUCUUCUCUGGCUUUGUCGUCUUCUCCUUCCUUGGGUACAUGUCCCACAAGCACAACGUAGCCUUGGACAAAGUUGCCAGAGAUGGUGCUGGUUUGGUGUUUGUUAUUUACCCAGAAGCCAUUGCAACAUUACCUGGGUCAUCAGUGUGGGCGGUUAUCUUUUUCAUCAUGCUGUUGACACUGGGCAUUGACAGUGCUAUGGGUGGGAUGGAGUCGGUGAUCACGGGGCUGAUUGAUGAGUUUAAGUUUCUCCACAAGCACAGAGAGCUGUUCACCCUAUUCAUUGUUGUGGCCACCUUCCUCAUAUCCCUCUUCUGUGUUACAAAUGGUGGGAUGUAUGUGUUCACUCUGCUGGACCACUUUGCUGCAGGAACAUCGAUUCUCUUUGGAGUGCUUAUUGAAGCCAUCGGCAUUGCAUGGUUUUAUGGAGUGGACCGAUUUAGUGAUGACAUUGAAGAGAUGAUUGGCCAGCGACCAGGAAUGUACUGGAGGCUGUGCUGGAAGUUUGUCAGCCCCUGCUUCCUCUUGUUUAUGGUGGUGGUGAGUUUCGCCACAUUUAACCCUCCAAACUAUGGCUCCUAUACGUUUCCUCCAUGGGCUAACAUGGUAGGAUGGUGUCUGGCCAUUUCCUCAAUGACCAUGGUGCCUCUCUACGCCAUCUACAAACUCUGCACGCUGCCUGGAAAGUUUUGCGAUAGACUGGCUUAUGCCAUCACCCCAGAGACAGAGCAUCAUUUGGUAGACAAUGGGGAGGUUCGUCAGUUCACACUGCAUCACUGGUUGGUGGUCUGAAAAAUACAUAGAGAGUGAGAGAAUGAGAGUGUGGACAUGGGGUUGAAUGGAUACACAACAAAGGUCUAAAGAACUAGGAAGAAGAAGAAAGAAAUAGCCAUUUGAAUCGAAUACGGUGGUGGUGGCAGUUUAAAAGUGCCGACAAAAAAACCUAUAGAAAUUGUUGUGUUCUUUGAUUUAACAGUCGAUGUGUGAAGCUGUGCAUUGACCCUUUCCACCAUUGUGUUGCACUGGCUGCCAACCUUUUCUUGAAGGAAUACCAUGCAGGUUCUAGCCUGUUAGUUUAUUAUUUUGCACUUGUUAGAAUGUGAGAAAUGUUCUUAGACUUGCUUGCAUACAUAAGAAUGAGUAGUGAGCAGGUGAAAGGAUUUGUUUAUUUUACAAGAGCAUAGUGACACAUAAUUUAAAAAAUGGCAUGGUAUUUCUUUGAGGCAAAAUAUACAAUACAAAAAAAAAUAGUACUUUAUGUAUAUGGGGUGAGGACUUUUCCAGACAACAUCUGGAAAAUUGCUGUGUAACUAACAAAUAUGAUUUUCUUUUAAAUUAUUUGUUUGUUUGUUUUUUAUAUUUUCU